AUGAACAACGUCCACUUCCCAGUUCAAGUCGUAGCCUUAUUUCGGCGCCUCGUCAAUGUCAUGGCUACCUUUUCACUAUCUGGCCAGUACCUCGUAUCGAAGGUCAGGGUCGAAGAUACCUCCAGUAACACACCUGAAGUUCCCACCACUCCCAAUGACUUUUGGUGGAACCCGCUGUCACCGAAUAAAUGGGACUGGCUUCGUGUAGGGUUAUUUGUAAAUAGUGUUCUGGAGCAACCAACCAAACCCCUGACUUCAACGCUCCCUCAUCGGACCUUGGAAGGCAAGUCACCUCGCCGAUGCUUCUUUAAAGACGAUACCAAAUCAUGGCCGCCAAAUCUAUCUCCUUCUGAUUCCAAAGUCCCAUCUGAGCCUCAUACCACUGCUCUUGACACAUUCACUCUCAAUUCCAAAUUGCCGCAGGGGAAAUUACCACCUCAAGAACCAUCCGAGGGUGAUUCCACUGAUACCAUCCAUCGUUUACUGCGAAAUCCAGCGCUGUAUGACCCUAUCAGAGCCCCUAGGUUUCCGAUUGUCCUCUGCCACGGGCUAUACGGGUUUGACGUGCGAGGUCCUGCUGCAUUUCCCAGUCUCCGAAUGCACUAUUGGGCCAACGUUCUCAACAUCCUCAAAAAGAAGGUCGGAGCAGAUGUUAUUGUCACAGCGGUACCCGGGACGGGUUCCAUAGCGUCGAGGGCAGAAAACCUUGAUCGAUUACUCCAGGAGAAGGCCAGAGGGCGAGGUGUCAAUUUCAUGGCUCAUUCCAUGGGAGGUCUCGAUUGCCGCCAUCUCAUUACACACGUGCAGCCAAGUGAAUAUACCCCAUUAUCGCUGACAACAAUCAGUACUCCCCAUAGAGGAAGCCCCUUUAUGGACUGGUGUGCGACAAAUAUCGGCCUCGGCAGACGACCCCAGGAAGAAAUGUUCAAGAAAACGACCGAGAUUCAAGAGCAGUCUAUGUCAGAAAAAGAGACAACCACUGAGAAGCGCGAGACUUCAUUCUCCUUGUCACUGGCUUCAUUGCCGUCUUCUUUCACAACGCUCUUGUUGUCCAUCCUGGACUCGCCAGCAUAUGCCAACUUGACAUCGUCCUACCUUAACAACGUAUUCAAUCCUGCCACCCCCAAUGAUCCACGUGUUAAGUACUUCAGCGUCACUGGACGUACUGCCGACAUGAGCAUCUGGCACCCGCUUUGUCUCCCAAAGAUGGUGCUUGAUGAGUUGGAACGAGAAGAAAAGGAACGCCUCAGACGCCAACACACCGACUCGGGGGAUAUACACGCGCCUCUGACAUGGGAGCAGGACGACCAGUGGGGAAAUGACGGCCUCGUGACCGUGCAGAGUGCAAGGUGGGGCGAAUUUCUCGGGACAAUGGAGGGUUGCGAUCACUGGGAGAUCAGAGGUGCACGGGGGCUGGAAUUCAAUGUCGACUUGUCGUCUGUGCCCUUGACGAGCAUAGCGGGUCGCGUCGGUGCAGAUGGGUGGGCAUUUGGCGACUGGUCGAAGUUUAUUCGGGCGUGGAAGAAGCAAGAGAAAGGGUCGUCUGGUGGGUAUGAGUUCGCUGGUGCUGGUGGAUCUUCGAUGUCGUCAUCGGACCCGAGAGUCUCUCGAGGGGCUAGGGAGGAGAUGCACAAGGAGGGCGAGAGUGACCCUGUUGUGAAAGCGUCAACGGAUAAGCUCUCCGCUGUGUUUGAUUGGAUCAUCGAUCAGGUCCCAUCGACGAACAAGUCUCCCCCUGGAGACACUUCACAGAAGCAGAAGGUCAAGAAGUCUGUCAAGCAUGAGCUAGCCUCUAAAUUGGAUCUGGAGAGAUUCUAUGUGGCAUUAUCUCGAAAGUUGUAUGACGAGGGGUUGUAA